CAAUAACUUGCAUCAAGUUUAAAAAUAUACUUAUAAAUACAUAAACCGCACUUCUCCGCUUCAAUUUCAUAAAAGGCACACAUGAACCAAUUUUAUCACAUUAAAUAGCAAAUUUGUGCUAAACUUGUUCAAACAUAUUCUGUACAUUUGACUUCUGACUAUUAGACGUGUGAGAGAAAUGCGACAUUUGAGUAGGAGAAGAAUGAAGAUUCUGUAUAUGGAAGAUGCAACUGAUAUAGAAAAGAAAGUUAAAGAUUCAGACAGACUUACACUUGACGUCCAAGUGCAAGGUCGUUCAUUUAGUCGUGGUGAAGUGGUUGUGCUUGAAGAGCCUCAAGAUGAACCUCAGAAUAGAAUUUCUAGUCAUUGUGUACCUGAGUGUAACAGUUACCGCAAUGCACGAGCCCCAAGUCUACGAAGAGUUGGACGAGCAACCACCAGUAUACAAAAGAACUGCCAGACACUUAGGAAAAUCUGAAUCGACUGCCAGUUUCCAACCACCUGCGGUUUCCAAUUAUCAGCCAUCACAGCAACAGGAUCGCUUGAAAUCGAGAUACGAUCGCCAGCAGCAAGCAGAUUUCCGGAAUUUGAGAAGAAGUUCCGAUUCGUUAGCACAUCGUCAUCCUGUAGCCAAGAGCUUCCACUCUGAUGACGCCAACAACGACUGGAAACCGUUCCAGCCAAGUUUCUUGUAUCCUUCAGCACCAAAACCAGCCACAAACAGCUACAGAAGAAGUCGUCAUUUUUCGCAAUCACUUAAGACGAAGGAAAUAUUGAGAGGCAACAAAAACGCAAUUGAUUCAGCUGCGGCGGGAAGCGAACACAAAGAAGAAUUGACAAAUUCUGAACGACAAGACCAACAGACUCAGUUAAUUUACAUUUCGCCCAAUACCCUUAAAGACAAGUUAGGACUUGACGCUAAGACCAGCGAAGAAAUCAUCCAAAAAUCAAUUCCCGGCAACGAAAAUCCAGAUGCAGAGCAAUUUCAACUAACCGAUCUGCAAGAGCUUUUAGGCAAAAAUCCAGCAUUUCAACUGCAGGGCCUGCAAAGGCUUCUAGAAGAUGGUAAACCGGUUGUUGAGAACAGCUUGCCGGUUUCAAAUGUUAAGGACAUUUCUAGUAUUCAUAUACAACAUAAUGGUACUCCGUCACUAGAGACUUUACAACAGCAAAUUGACGCAGUCAAUAAAGCUCAAGAAGAGGAAGUUUUGGCUGCUGCUCAGAAGCAAGCCGAAGCCCAUGUUCACGCUCAACACCAAGCUAUAGCCUUGGCUCAGAAGAAAGCUCAAGAAGAAGCAUUUGCUAAAAUUGCCGCUCAUAAUCAAGGACUAUCAACUUUGAGUGCUGAGCAACUGCAAGGCUCCCAAAUCCAUAGCCAGCCUCCCGAAAAUGGUGGCGUAAUAACAAUUAACAGCCCAUCCCAAGAAUCAAUUGCCGAAGAAAACCCACGGGAAAUCGAUCAAGAAAUUCAUCAAAAUGCGAUUGAACAUCCACAACAAACUGCUAGUGUUGAGCAGCCGGAAGUUUCGGCAUUACAAGGACGACCUCUGGAUCAGCUGAUAGUAAAUCCAGUAAAACACUAUGGAGGAAGUUACGCUUCCAGUCUUCAAGACCUGCGAAAUGUCAAACCAAGAAUUCAAGGAGCUCGUGGAAUAAUUUACCGGCCAGUUGCCUUAGCCAAUUCCGUGGAGGAUCCGGCCAAACUUCAGUAUCUUUCUGCAGUUCCACCUUUAUACAACCCAAAAGAUAUUCAAAAUUAUUCUCCAGUUUCUCCCUACACACCGCACCUGAGUGCUCAAAGUGUCUAUACGAAAACAGCUCCGCAACCUACCGAACCGACCAUAGUCAAUUUACUUCAACAAGAACAAAUCCGAGAAACUUAUCAGCCAAUCCAUGUCAGUCCAUCACCAGCCACCGUUAAUCAACUCUACUCAGAGGAACCGAAUGAUGAGGACGAACAUCAACAGUACGCAGCUAAAUACGCGUUUGGGUAUCGAAUCCUGGACGAAAAGCAUGGCAAUGAUUUUGGGCAUGAAGAAGAGCGAAAUGGUAAGCUCACUAAAGGUCACUACUACGUGAGGCUUCCCGAUGGUCGCAAGCAACGGGUGGAUUACUACGCAGACAAGAGUGGUUAUCAUGCCAGAGUCAGAUACGAAAAUGUGGGAAAACAUCCUUAUAAUCCAGUUGAAAGCGCUGAAGAAUCAAGUAAUUUGCAAACAGUUCACCAUCAAUAGUAAUCCCUUUACUACUUCUACUUGAAGAAGCGUUUGACUUAAUAAUUUUUCCGUCUACGUAGGAAUCAACUAAGCGUUAUUUGCUAGUCAUAAUUAUAUUUCAGUUGUACUUUGAAUGAAGAGAGAUUGAUCAAAAGUGUUAUGGUAAACAGACAGAAAUCAAACAAAUAAUCAUCUAAUGGUCAACAUGCAAACUACACACUAAUAGUAAAAAUCAAAUCGUCAUCAAAUGUAAAUGUAGUGAAAGUUCGGAAACUGACAGCAAACACCCUUACAGAAGAGCAUCUGUUAAAUAUAUAAUUACGUUCUUACAUAUUCAGUUCCGCGAAUCAAGUCUAUAGUAGUGUAUACAAAGUGACUGUAAAUAUUUCUUUCGUAAUAUCCAUGAAAUUUUGAAUCAGGUAAUAAAUAACAGCUGUCUUCGAUUUAUGAGGCUGAGUUUAUUGGACAUUGAUUAACUUUUUCUUUUUUUAUGCUGAAGAAUUAUAAAGUUGCAAAUACCUAACCCUGUAUAUUGGAUUUAAGUCAAUACAUCUUUAAUUUGUUUAUUACAUAUUGUUGAUAAAAUUUCAGUAUGGUGAUUUUUUAAUUUUAUUUUACAAUUUUAUUCAAGAAUGGAGAAAAAGUAACGAUAAUAGGUAAGAGCAAUGGAGCUGGUACAGCUGGUGCCAUUACCAGCUUUACCGUUGCGAAAUUAUUACUGGAACUUCAGAAAUUUAAUAUUUUUGAAGUAAUACCGCAUUUGAUGUUUUUCAGU